AUGCUUAUUCCCCAGAUACCGUCAUUGCUUCUUCUCCGGGAAAAGAAGUUCACGACCCGUAGGCCUUUGAUGGUGCCGUUAAAGUCUCCAGGCUGGGAUGGACUAAGUCCUAUUUUCUUUCAGCGUUGCUGGACGAUCGUUGGGUAG